GGGCCGCCGCCGCCGCCGCCGCCUCAGCCUCAGCCUGAGGCCGAGGAGGCGGCCGCCAUGGACCGCAACCCGUCGCCUCCCCGCAGGGCUGCGGGCGCCGCGGGGCCGGAGGAGGACGAGGAGGAGGGGGGGCAGGCCGCCGAGGAGGCCGCCGCCGCCGCCCAGGGCGCCAUCGGCAGCACCGUCUACAGCAAGCACUGGCUCUUCGGCGUCCUCACCGCGCUCAUCCAGGUGGUUAAUCCAGAAAAUGCCAAAGGCAAUUUAGAGGAAGAGGAGCAACAGACGGAGCUCGAUGAAGAAAUGGAGAACGAAAUUUGCAAAGUGUGGGACAUGUCGAUGGAUGAGGAUGUCGCUUUAUUCCUUCAGGAGUUCAAAGCCCCAGAUAUCUUUUUGGGAGUCCUGGCCAAGUCCAGAUGUCCCCGACUAACCGAAAUCUGCGUGGGGAUUUUGGGCAAUAUGGCCUGUUUCCAGGAGAUAUGUGUGGCGAUAAGUAAUGAUGAGAAUCUUGGGCAGGUGUUGUUGCACUGUUUAUGCGAUUCGGAUGCUCCCACCCUGCUAGAAACCAACAGGUUGCUGCUGACUUGCCUCUCCCAGCCGGAAGUAGCCAGUGUGUGGGUUGAAAGAAUCCGGGAAAACCCAUCCGUCUAUGUUAGCUUCUGCUUCAUCAUGUCCAGCUCUACCAGUGCCGACUUGCUGGUGAAGGUGGGUGAAGUGGUAGACAAGCUCUUUGACCUGGACGAGAAGCUCAUGUUGGACUGGAUCAGAAAUGGAGACGCUCAGCCACUCGACCAGUCCGCAGGGGAUGCCGAAGAGCCCCCGGUCUUUAAAAUCGUCCCUUGCGUACUUGAAGCCGCAAAGCAAGUUCGUUCUGAUAACCCAGAAGGACUGGAUGUAUACAUGCACAUCUUGCAACUCCUCACCACGGCGGAUGAAGGGAUCCAGGCUAUCGUGCAGUGUCCCGCUGCGGGAAGAGACGCUUGGAACCUGCUGUACGAUCUGGCGUGUAAUGAGCUGUGCCAAGCCGAUGACCCGCCCAUCAUCGUUCAAGAGCAGAAGACGGUGCUGGCUUCCAUUUUCUCCGUGCUGUCGGCCAUGUACGCUUCCCGCGUUGAGCAGGAGUACCUCAAGAUAGAAAAAAGCUUGCGCCUCGUCGGCAGCUUGAUUCAAGUGUUACAAAAUGUGGACGACUGCCAGAGCAGCUCAGAGGACGCAACGGGAUCCAACCCGGGGGAGCCCGAAAAGUCCGAUUGCGGCGAGGUGGACUUCCAUUUGAAAAUCCUGAAGGAUGUUUCCUGUGAGUUGCUUUCCAGCGUUUUUCAGGACCUGACCAAGGAGAACGUAGUAGAGGGGCUGAAACAGGGAUAUCUCAAUAAACAGAAGUGUUCCUGUGCCUUUAAAAACCUCCUUCCUCUAUACAUCACUGAGGUGGAAACCUUCCUUAAAGUCCUGCGUGAAGCCGACGAGUCCCUCGCAGAUGAACUGAUGGGAAACUUCCCAAGUUUGAAGGUCCCGACCUAAGACCGUGAUUGGAAUUCCCCCUCCUACAGAACAAGACUUUUGUUCCUUCCCAGUUUGUAGAAAGUGAUACAUGGACCCUGAUCCUAUGAGGUAAAGUGUGGAGUCAAAGUGAAGAAGUAAAGAAACGUCUAGAACUCGACCGGUGGAAGCCCAUCGCACAUCCUCCUCUCACUCGUACCUGACAGAAGUUAGGAGCAAGAAAUUCACCUUUUUUCCCGUCGCCGUGAACGUCCCCGUUCUCGUCAUUAGUCAGUCUUUCAUUCGUGUUUAUCACCUUCAGUCGAAGGCGUGAUAGAACGUCACCGAUGUUUUAGAGGGGAUUGGGAGGGAAAUGGUGCAUCACGUCUCGUUUUAAGCUCUGUGAUGGAAUUUUAAGUGCGAGAGACUGCUAGCCGUUGGGGGGAUGUCUUUGUCCAACCUCGGGUUAUUUCUGCGAGUAAAAUGGAAAAGCUUCAACAUCCCAAGCUGCCUCGAGAGGGAAGCCACCAAGCUUCGAUCCGUCACGGUCCGAUGUUGAACCAGGUUUUCAGCGCUAUCCCGGUGUUAGAAGCGGGAAUUUUGAUAAAUGCCCACUGGCAAGAUUCACCCUCUUCAGACCGUUCCCGGUCACCAAAGUGGAAUAAAUCGUUUGCCCUAAGUGAUCCUGGUUAUUCGGGAUGAAUUGGAACGGAUCUAAUAGCAUCUAAUUAUUAAGGAACCACAUCAUGGCUGCAGAGUCCCUCUUUGUCGGUACGUUACCGUGUUCCUCGAUAAAUUCUAUAUAACGCCACCCAGCUCCGUUUGACUGGAGCGUUGGAAUUCUUCUGAAACUCCGGUCUUACGGACGCGUCUAAGCACAGCGGAGCUGGUCCCUGCGGAUCCCCGUUGGUUGUGGUAUCCGGAUUUGGUUUAGCCCCCGGCUCGCGGGUGGCCUGGGAUUUCCUCGAGUGACCACCCGUAUGGAUAGCGAACCCAUAAUGGUAUUGGCAGGUUGGCCGGGGAGGAAGAGGCACAGCCUGUCUUUUUAAACCUCAGGUUUUUCAGGUCGCCGUCACAGGCGGCUUCUGCGUCUCUCCGCGGCUCUCCGUGGGCUUGGGAUCGGUCGCGUCUCCGGCGGCACCCCAAAUCCCCCUCUGUAGAUUCCUCGUCGGUUUUAGACGCCGGUAGUCUUUUGCUCCACGGCUUAGGAGUGAGUAGUUAUGAAACAGUUUUGGUAUCUAUUUUUGUAUGAUGUUUACAGAAUUUCCCGAGACGGUAAAGUGAAAUAAAGCUAUGUUCUUUGGAAAGGUG